GUGCGGUAUUUGCGAACAAUACGAUUUUGGGCGGGUCAGCAGGUGUGUUUCCGCUGAAGUCUGAACGAGUGUUUGUUUGCAAGCGAAUAAUACAAAUUCAAAUUAUUAUCAUUAUUUUUAUUAUUUAGUGUUCACUUUAAACCUGCCGUUAUCACCGAGGCAGUGACUGAUGACUGUUCGUUGAUUGAAAUUUUUUUCCGUGAGUAGUUAUUAGGCUUUUUUCAGUUAGUUAGGUAUUUUGGUCUGCUCAUCGACGAAACGAAAAUGAACUACGGCAGCAAGACGACGUUUAUCGGUUUAGACACGGACAAACGCAAAUUGACGCUGUCCAAGAAGUUCGUGAUGUACGCCUACGACAAAGACACCGGAGAAAUAUUUGGCCGCACGCCGUCCAGUUGGGCCAAAAUUGGAUUAUUUUAUACAGCAUUUUAUUUAACACUUGUCGCUAUGUUUGGAGUAGUUUUGUGGUUUUUCUUCCAAACUCUUGAUCCACGUACUCCGACUAGACAACUUGAACAUUCACUAAUUGGAACAAACCCAGGUUUGGGAUUUAGACCUAUGUCCAAUGAAACUCAUAGCACUUUAAUUCAUAUAAAUAGUAAAUCUGUUCAAGAUUAUUCAGUGUGGACAGAAAGACUAGUCAAAUUUUUAGAUGUGUACAAAAAACCGGGUUUGACACCAGGAAGAGGUCAAAAUAUUGCAACUUGCAAUUACGAUAAACCUCCUGGAAAAGGAAAGGUCUGUGAUAUUGAUGUGAAAGCAUUCAAUUCUUGCACAGAAGAAAAUCGGUUCAAUUUUCAUCGUCAAGGACCUUGUAUUUUUCUUAAACUAAAUAAAAUUUAUGGUUGGAAUCCUAUAUUUUAUGAUAAUCCAAAUGACCUACCACAUGAUAUGCCAAAAGGUUUGAAAGACCACAUCAAAAAAAUAACCAAUCCAGAGGAGUUGAGAACUGUGUGGGUAUCAUGUGAAGGAGAAACUGUGUCUGACAAAGAACUCAUUGGGCCGAUGGCAUAUUGGCCCAUUCCUGGAUUUCCUGGCUACUUCUUCCCAUUCGAAAACUCUGAAGGAUACCUAAGCCCUUUGGUUGCAAUUCAUUUCAAAAGUCCAGCAAAAAGUAUUGUAAUCAACAUUUUGUGCAAAGCCUGGGCAAAAAAUAUUGUUCAUAAAAAAAAUGGCAUCAACAGAGGAUCUGUGCAUUUUGAAUUGAUGAUGGAUUAACAUAGCUUCUACAUAUUUUAUAAUUUUUAGGUACAAAAUUUGUGUUUAAACAAUAUAAUAAGAUUUUUUUGCAUUAAUUGAAAAUUAGACAUAUUGUUUAUUCCCUACAACGAUGGUGUAACAAAAUAUCUUUGUUUAGAAUUAUUGAAUAUUUACAUAGUUUUGAUGGAUAAUAAUCGUAAAAUUACAACUUUUUGUUACAACAUUGUUGCAUCAACAAAGUAUAAAUUAUUUAUUUUUACAUGUCAAACUAUGCACAUAUCAGUUGGUUUUAAUUAUAUUAUUUCAUUAGUUUUAUUUUAUAUUUUUUAUCAUGACGUGUUUAAACUUUAAUUUCGUUUUAUAACCAUGUUAUAUUUUAUGAUUCGUCCAAUUUUUACCAAUAUUAAAUAUCAUUAAUUAUUUUGUAUCUUGUCAUAAUUCAAAAACCAAUACAUAUUGAAGACUGAUUUUUUAACAGGACAUUUUUCGAACUAAUAAUAAUUGUCAUCCAAUUUUCAUAAUAUCGAUGGUUAGAAGGUAAAAGGGCGUAAGCGCCAAUUUCCAAAUUGUUCAGAAGAGCCGAAAAACAGAUAUUUUCACAUGAACUGUGUUACAACCUUAGAACAUCGUAUAACCCUUCGAUUUGAGACUUAAUAUGAUUUAUAAUGAGUUAUUACGUAUUUUGUAUUGAUUAAUUGUUCAUAAUCAUAAUAAUUUCGUGUAUUUAAAGCCAAUUUAAAAAAAAUGACUCUUACGCCCCUUUUUUUUCUGAUCCUGGCUCUUACACCCCAAAGAUGUUCUAUUGACUAUAAUGGCUUCUAUAGUUUAAUAUUGUUAUUUGUUUUAUAUUAUUGAUUAAAUUCAAUGAAGACAAUUUUUUUUUAGAGUAGAAUGUGUUUAACCAUUCAAACAACUAAAUAAUGUCUACUUACAAAUUAAUAUUUAAAUCAAUUUCGAUUUCGUGUUUGAGAUGUUAGACGGUUUCUGGUACCUAAUACCUAUUCAGUUUUAGUGUUUUAAAACGAACCGAACGUUCAUUGUAUUAUCAUGCUGCUUUAUGCUUUUUAUAGUGCUGACAAAACCACUAACAAAAAUGUUAAAUUGAUGUAAGCGUCAAAAAUGACACUUACGUCUUAUCAAAUUUCCUUGAAUGGCGUUUACGUCUUUUAUUUGGCGUUUACACCCAGUUUUUUCAUUCCCACCAAUUCUAUGGCGUUUACGACCACAUAUUAAAACAUCGAUUCUUGGAUAUAUACAAAUGAUAGCAAUGUUUAGGUUCAAUUAAACGAUGUCUAAUAAUGCCGUUUACAACAAUAUGUAAAAACAUAGAUUUUGAAAAAAGUGUCGCUUACGUCUUUUUACCUUCUAACCAUCGAUAUGUAAUGAUGUGAUUUUUUUUUAAAUUGCAUAUGUGUUGCCAAAUUAUAAAUAUUCUAAUGUGUGCUAAAAUAAUAAUGUACAAUUUGUGUUCAAUAAGUCUACAAGUUAGACAAUUAUUAUGAUCUGAUUCUAUUAAAUUAUGUUUUUCUAAAUAGUGUUAGAAUUAAAAUUUUUCAAUGCAUGGAAAUAAUAUAAAUAAUUUAAAUGCAGCAAAGUUUUUUUUUACAAUGGUAGUUACUGCCAUGAUCAAUCUGAAACAAUAUGUUUUAUUGUGUCUAAAUAUGUUAUAGUAAUAUAAAUUAAUGAAAAAUACUUGAUAAUAAAAAAUAAUUGUAUUGUGUUAAUACAUAAUAGCAUAUAAUACAAUGUUUAGUAGUUAAAUAUUCUGAUUCACAUAAACAUGCUAAUUUUACGAUUUAAUAUUCACUUUUAUUGAGGUUUACGAUUAAACUAUUAUUAUUGUAUUACUCAUUGAAAAAACAAUAAUUAUGUUAAAACUAUUCAGUAUUAAAUAUUUAAAUAUUAUUAUAUACUUUAAAAUACUUAUAAUUAUUAAUUAUUCCACAUUAUUAUGUUAAAUUUACAUGUGAACCACUUUUAUAAUGUAUUAUUAAUAUUUAAGAUUACUACAUUUUGUUAGUAUUACCCAGUUAUAUUUUUUUACGUACAUGUAUACUAUACUAUACUCAAUAAAUGAUAAUUGAUUUUAAAUA